AGAGAUAGUACAUCGGUGAAAAGGAGGGAAUUUGAGUUAUUGCGUUACAUCAAAAGUACUUGUUGACAAAGAGAUAAUCAUAAGUUAUAAAGAUGUGCUUUCCGUUCUGCCAGAUUGUGUCUUUUUUUCCCGCUGCAUGUAUUUAACAUCACCAAUGCUUCAAGAUUCCAUAGAUCAUUUUUUGCAAAUGUCCACAAUGUUUUCCGUUUUUUGAGUUGAUUAAGGAAAGCUCAAUUUUCCAUAUCCCGAAUGCUCAUAAUGGUAUAUUUAAAGUCUAUCCCAACCAUGAAUUACAGGGCCGCCUUCACACUUUGUUUUUUGAUAAUCCAAUUAGGUAUCCUUGUUUAUGUCACCUUGCUAUUCUAUCCAAACUAUGAAAAAGGUAGCAGGAUUUGUUUGAAAAAAGGGGAUGACGAAGCACAAAGACUAAAAUAUAGACUUCAUGGGAUGCAGAAACUGUUAAAAUUAGUAUACAGGAAAGCAAAAGUUGGGAACAGCCGGGAGGAAUCUUGUGAUAUUGAAACAGCCAUAUUAUUCUUGAAGAAAAAUAAUGUGUCCAAAACAGUAUUCACGAACACAUUUGAAGAUUUUGCACCCGUAGGAGGUAGAGACUGGAGCUUUAAAACAUACAUUCCUUGCUCAAACAAAUCAUUAGAGGUCAAUGGAACCAGUAAAGAACUGAUUCGGAGCCAAUUUAUACCUUCGUGUGUCAAUUAUGACGUAAAAUUGGAAGCGAGAGAAAACUUAAAUGAGUCUUUGAAAUUUCCUGGUACGUGUCUCAAACAAGUUAUCGACAAGUUUUGUACAACACAAUUCUUAGUUCCAAAUAUUUUACACUACAUUUGGUUGGGAAAAGGAAAGUUUGAUUUCAUAUUUUUUGUUAGCAUCUUUAGUGGUUAUAAAAAACAACACCCUUGUUUGAUAUUUUUGUAUUACGAUACGUUACCAUCGGGUAAAUGGUGGAAUCUUUUACUCCUGUAUGUGUCUAACAUCAUACCAGUUAGUGUGAACCCUCCAUCAAAAAUAGGAAACCGGAAGAUCGUAUUUGUUGAGCACAAGUCGGACAUACUCAGGCUGCAGAUUCUGAAAGAAUAUGGAGGGAUUUAUCUUGAUACUGACCAACUGCUGCUUACAUCCUUAGACAAGUUCCGUGAAAGAGAGUGUACCAUGGGAGUGGCGUCGGACGGUUAUCUCGGAAGUGCGGUGAUUAUAGCUAGUAAAAACUCAGCAUUUAUCAAAAAAUGGAUGAACAGCUACUCCGCUUACAAACCAAACUCAUGGGGGCAAAACUCUGUAAUCAUGGCAACUAAACUGGCUAAACAGAAUCCCAAUCUUAUUCACUUAGAAAGGCAUUACUGUUCAUUUUAUCCACACCCUACCUAUCUAUUUAAACAAAAUUACAAAUGGUCACAUAGCUAUGGACUCCAUAUAUACAAGCCAGGACGCGAAAAACAGUUGAAACAAUUAAACUUUUCCAGCAUUAGGAAACUGAACAAUACACUGGGGGCAGCUUUCCGGUUCGUUCUCUUUGAUAAUAAGGAACUAUGUUUGUGAUUUUCAAUUUCACAUUUUAAUGCUUUUUUUUUUUAAUUUUAUUUAAAUACAACUUUCACAAGAAAC